AUGUCUUCCAGCGAAUCCAUCUACCUCUCCUCUGAAGACACUCUCGCCACACAACCUUACAAAGAAACACCCUCCACUGAACCCUCUAUCCCCACGACUCCCAAGAUGUCUAUAGUCGAAGAACAAUCUGUACCAUGGGACACGGACGAAGAACAAGCAGCGCGGGAAGCAGAAGAAGGAUUUGACGAGUAUCUUAGGAGACUAGACGAAAACAAACAACAAGAGGACGAGAUGAUCAGACGACUCACAGAGGACUUCAAUAGACCUGCACCUUCCCACUCCCCAUCUCCACCACCCCUCAUCCACACACAAGGCGAUGGAAUUAUAUUUCCCGAUAGAGAGACAUACCUGAUGACCCCUGUUGCCUACAUGAUGGGACUCAUCGAAGGAACACCGAACACUGAGUUUGUGUCAGGGCCCACAUGA